AUGCAGUCCAAAAUUGCGCUCGUGAGCUUGGCUUUGGUUGGCUUUUGUUCUGCUGGUCCCUGCAAGCCCAGUAGCCGAACCACUGUGAGUAGCCAUUCUAUCACCUCGUCCAUCGCGACGAUCGAUGUUUCCGCGAGCUCCACGGACAGCCAAACAAACUUCGACAGUCUCACCAUUACAUCAUCUGCUGAGACCACCGACGUCCCUAGCAUAACUCUCCCCCAAUCAUCAACAACGACGGAAGAGGAAGUCAUCAUCAUCACCAACGCUAUACUAGGAGGUUCUUUCGCCAGUCGUGACCCAAACAGCCCAAGCGGCCUCACAAACUUCGCUGCCUCUGGAAAUGCUGAGUUUCACCAAGGGGGGUGUUACCGCGCUGACGGUAGUCUCGACGAUGGUUGUGCUGCUCUGAGUGCCAGUGGAGACGUUACGAAGCGAAGUUUCUUUGGCUCUUUUGCUAGUAUCUUCCAGACUGUGCGAUCAGUUCCGCGAAAGAAGUACACCAUCCAAUUCUUUUAUCUGAUCAACUCCGCUGGAAGCCAGGGCUGUGUUGCAAGUGCGAAAUUUGGCAAUGCGGAGUUCUAUUCUCAACCUGCCUCUAACCUAAGAGCCUCAUGGAUUAGGGUGCUUGGGCAAGUUGAGGCUGCAUCUGACCUGCCUACGUUUGCUAUCUCGCUGACAUGUUCUGGUGCUGGUGCCUCUUCCAUUCUGGUUGACUCAAUCUUCAUCUCCAACCAAGUGACUCCGGAGACUAUCGAUGACUUCAAGCUUGACCUGGGUGGAAGCCCUCCUCCUGUCGAGACUACAACCGCAAUUAGGGCUGAAGAGUCCCCUUCCCUUACAACAGAGCCAGUAACACCAACGCCCACUAGCGGUUUGUCAAACACGAGCACUUCAAUGCCCGUUUUAACAGACUCUCAAGAAGACACUUCUUCGGCGGUCACUAACACCAAGCGCACCAGCUCUGACCCCAAGACAUCCAGUGUUGCUCAUGAGAGCAUCGAGACUAUGGCAACUUCUGCCGUUGGACACACUUCAGAAGCCAUGAUUGAUACUACGGCUAUCACACCAUCCUCGAAAACGCUAGCCCUCGAGGAGACCAGCAAGGCCGAAACAACUGGCCCAGUAUCACAAGCCGUUGGCUCUACUUCUCAGCCUGUCACUACAGCAGGACCUUCACAACCCACCGGCACUACCUGCAAGCCAAACUGUGAGAUGAUCAACGACUUUUACGCACAUCUUGAUGACUUCGGUUGCGAUCUCAACGGCGUCUUCGUGAAAAGCGAUGCCAUUUACACGCUUCCUGGUGAAGAGGUUGGCACGACUCAAACGCACUGGUACAACAGCAACGAUGAGUGCGCUGAGAUCUGCAAGACUCUACCUGGAUGCCUGUCAGCUGGGUUCCAGAGACUUUCGGGCAGGUGUUUCUUCUCCAACACUCUAGUUACUCGAGAGGACAUACGUGAUGGAAGAGACAGUCAAAUGAUCCAUUGGUUUGGCAUGGAGUGCUUCACAUGCGGCUGCAGUUCUGGCGGCACAUCGACAACUGCCUUUCCUACGACUACCCUAUUUCCCGAAAUAACCAGCGUCACCGCAACCACUAAAGCUACUCAGCCAACAGGUGUUUGCCACAACAACCGCGGCCAAGAGUGUGAGAUCAACCCAUCAAACGUCGAGAACAACGACUAUGUCUGCAUUGGUGGAGGCGUCUUUACAGGGGAGACCUGGACAGUCCCUCGAUCAAUGUAUCCCAUGCAGGAGAACGGAGAGCAGUGUGCAGCCAUCUGCGACACUCUGGAGAACUGUGAAUCCUCUGGCUUCUUCGGCAUGGAGAACCACUGUCUCUUUACAGCCACCAAGAUAAAGACAUCCGACUUUGCUGACCCCGAUCCAAACUACGACGAUCCCGGUCUGGACCCUAAAAACAGUGUUUGGAGCCAUAGAUCCUGCUGGACAUGUCCGACCUGCGUCCUGAGCAACGCGCCUCUUCCCAAGAGUCCAACAUGUAACUACAAGCCUGGUGACGCUUGUACACGUGUAAGUGCGGAUGGCGUCAUCUGCAAUUACUCGGGAAUGUUGCCUGGGACAUUUGGGAUUGAUGGAAGUUAUCCUGACCAGAGUUCCUCUGGCAAAUGCGCUGCUAUCUGCAGGAAGAUGACCGGGUGCUUGGGUUCUGGCUACAGGAAUGGGCAAUGUAUGUUUACAAGAACGAAGCUUACGGCAGGCGAUUUCCUAGAUAGGCACACGUAUGAUCUUGUCUGGGAUGAUCCGUCUUGCUUUGAGUGUCCUGGUUGCUCAACGUAG